UUUUAAUUGUGUGUAUGUGUAUAAGUGUGUGAGAAGAAGAGAGGAGAAAUGCGUCUGCUGUCGUGCAAAUUCCUUGGUCGAGUUGUGAACUCGUCGCUGCCCCAACAAAUUACUUCGCUGCGAUCUUUUACCAGAACUGUUCCAGCAAUGGUGAAAGUAGGAGACACCCUGCCCACAGUGGAUCUCUUUGAGGAUUCGCCAGCCAAUAAGAUCAACACAGGGGAUCUGGUAAACGGCAAGAAAGUAAUCAUAUUCGGCGUACCUGGCGCAUUUACCCCCGGCUGUUCUAAGACCCAUUUGCCCGGCUAUGUGAGCUCCGCCGACGAGCUAAAGUCCAAGCAGGGCGUGGACGAGAUCGUCUGCGUUUCGGUAAACGAUCCCUUUGUGAUGUCCGCCUGGGGCAAGGAGCACGGUGCCGCUGGAAAAGUACGCCUCCUGGCCGACCCUGCUGGUGGGUUCACCAAGGCCCUGGACGUGACCAUCGAUUUGCCACCACUUGGUGGCGUGCGCUCUAAGCGCUACUCCCUUGUCGUCGAGAACGGCAAGGUGACCGAGCUGAAUGUCGAGCCCGAUGGCACCGGACUCAGCUGCUCGCUGGCCAACAAUAUUGGCAAGAAGUAAAUGGAUUCCAGUCUCCCAAAAACGCUAGAAACUCAUACAGUAAUUCAAGGCCGCAAUUAUAUCAAUAACGUCUUCAAAAGAACUAUGUAGCACGUACAAUAUAUGAGAUUAGAGAUGUUA